AUGCUCAUUUUGAUUUCUUUUUUUGAAUGCCCAGAUCAAUUACCUUUUUGCUCUGGUUGUGGUGGCAAGAUCAACGAUCGCUACAUCUUGCAGGUUGCACCUGAUAUGCAAUAUCAUGCAGCUUGCUUAAAAUGCGCUUCGUGCCAGCAACUGUUAGAUGAAAAAGAAACAUGUUUCCUACGAAAUGGCAAACCUUACUGCAAGUCAGAUUUUAAAAUGUUAUUCCAUAAUCGUUGUACAAAGUGUAACCGAAUAUUUGAACCAAGUGAAUUUAUCAUGAGAGCCAAAGGCAAUCCUUACCAUAUCGAUUGCUUCCGAUGUCAUAGCUGUAUGCGCAAGCUAAUUCCUGGUGAUCGAUAUGGCGUCGACACUUACAUUUUAUAUUGUAAAGAGCAUUACUUAAAUAAAAUGAGUAGUAGUAGCAAUCAUGAUACCUUGCAAUCAACGAUGGCGGACAGCGAUUGGCAAAAUUCCGAUAAUACUGAUACCAAGUCUCAGUCAACGCAUGCCAAAUCGAAACAAUUAACUUCACGGAAAGGUAUGAAAGGAACAAGAAUUCGAACGGUACUCAAUGAGAAGCAAUUGCAGACGCUUAGAUCGUAUUAUGCGAGUAAUCCAAGGCCCGAUUCAACAGUAAAAGAAAAAUUGGUAGAAUUAACAGGACUAAAUCCUAGAGUUAUACGCGUUUGGUUUCAAAAUAAAAGAUGUAAAGAUAAGAAAAUAAAAGCAGCUGGAGAGCAAGCUCUAGAGGAAGAGGUAGUAAGAAUAAUCUUGCAAUAUACCGUCAGUAUCUGCUGA